AGCAAGUUCUUCCUUUCUAAAAGUUUCUCAUUUUCUCUUUUAGUGGUUGGGUGAGUGACAAUGGGGCUGGUUGCAAUACUCUGUUCGCCUCUCACUGGAGAACACUUUUCACAGUCGGUCAAUAAUGGUGGGCUGCAUAAAGCGCCUAUACCUUCUACAGACAUUGUACGAGGUCCACAAGAUUCUUGGUUCGGCAGAUCUUCUGGGUGCCCCAAUAAUCCCAGUAGAGACUCUGGAGAAGGGUGUUUUGGACUUCUGCGCAGAGCGUUUUCGACCCACAAGCUUUCAUUCACGCAGUGGCACAACAGCUCAAGAAACCUUGAUACGAGGAGCACAGGAUUUUGGGGCGGCCCUUUAUGAAGGAGUUGCUGGAUUGGUCUCCAACCCAAUUGCAGGCGUUGAGCAAGAUGGUGUUGUGGGUUGCCUGAAGGGAUGUGGGAAGGGGAUGGCAGGGCUUGUAGGUAAGACGGCACCAGAGAUGUUUGAGUUUGUGCCAAAGACAGCAAGUGGUCAGUCGAGCAGCAUGCGUCACGAUGGAGCAGACAUGUCACGACCACCACGCUCACGCUGUCGCCCCCCACGGUAUUUUGGCAGGGAAGAAGCUGCUCAGGUGCAACCACGUGAUUUCUCUGUGCUCCGGAGCAUGCUGGAUCUCCUUGACCAUGGAAGGUAUAGGGAUGAGACAGUUGUUGACUACAUCCAAACAAAGAAAAGCAAAGCAGUCAUUUUCACAGAUGUGCGGAUCAUAUACUUUCACAUUCUGAACCGUUGUCUGCGAUGGCAUGUCAAGUUUGGAGAGAUAACAUCAGUUGCUGGCGUCGAGGGAAGGCUUCAGGUGACAAUCAUCUCUGCACAGCCAGCGAGUGUUGGAGGGAUACGGUUUAGUAUCCCACACCGGCACACCGUACAUUGUGCAUCGAGGGAUCUCCACCAAUCACUGUUGGUGAAGCUCAACAGGCACUGUGCGUCACUGAGGGGUGUGCAGUUCCUUCUAGACCAACCAAUGACAGGCCCGGAUGUAGACGACUUAUCUGGAAUUCUCCUUGAGAGGCUCCCCCUCAUCGAGCAGGUUCAUCGAGAACGGCUCUCCUCGUCAGCUUCGUUACAAACUUCCUUGGAGGGAUGCACCGGUAUGACGUCCUGCACUCGACUCCGAGAUAUUGUCAGUGGAAUGCGGCUCAGCAUGAGUAGUAACAGCAGCUCUAGCGCUUCAUACUCAACCGCAGCAACAGCUGAGGCCAUUUCACAGUGCCAGCACGUACCAAAUAGUCUUGAUGGGCAAUCAUCUUCAGCUGGAAAUGACCAGGUGAGUGUAACAGCUGUUAUGAGCACAACGACUGCAUCCACUAGCACCACUAUGGCAGGAUCAAUGGUGAAACCCACCACCAGUGUUGUGGGAGGAGGCCUCCACUCAUUGAGCUUGAGUAGCUAUGCUGCAAAUACCAGGGUCCCAGUGGCCAUGCCUAAUGCAAGUGGGGGUAACUCAUCAUCGCUAUCCGCUCAUAUGGUCAAUCAGGAGGAAGGAGCAGAACAGGGCCAUGGGAGUGGUUCAGCUCUUUCCUCUUCUGAAAUCAUUCGUGCCACAGCAUCAGCAAUGGUGGACUCUGGGGCCAACUCUUGCGGACAGGAGAUUGUCGUUGAAGAGGUAUCGGAAAUUGCAGAUGCUUCAAACGCUCCAAUGUCGUAUGCGGAUGGGAGCUCCCAGCCAAGCGAAGUUUAUGACCCUCCUGGGCCAUGGCAGGAGUUGAGCGUCCACCCACUUUCAGGUGCAGCUGCCAUUCUUAGAACACAGAUGCAGGCUGGUGAGAGAGCUGGAAGGUGGGCCAGGGAAAGGGAGGAAGCGCUGGACAAAGAGUGGGAAUCUGGCGGUGGGGUAUGGAUUAACGAGAGGCAAAGAGAGAGGGACGGUAAACAUAACAGGGAUGAGCCAGCUCGCCUUGCUGACGAAUCCAGCAGAUCAAGUCUUGCACUCAGCAAGUCUGCUCCAAGUCGGGACACAGGGACCAGCUCUGGCACCCCUCCGCUUCUGAGAAAGCUUUCCCGCAGACAGCUUCUUAAGCAAGGAUCAAGCAGUGGAGGGAGUAGUAAAUGUUUCACUCCUAGUCCUGAGACUGUCAAAGCGAUGAUGCGCAAUGAGCCGUUGGCAUUGCUGCGCUCCAUCGAAACGAUGGAAGAUCCAGAAUUGAAAAGCAGGAGUGGGAGUGAGAGUUGCAGCAGCAGCCGUGGGAAAGAUACAGGCAGAGGCUGGGAACGACAGAUUCUGCAAAAUCUCAUCUCCCUCAGGACACUGUCAAGGACUGUCAGUGACAUGUCAGACCUCUGCAAACAGCUUUCGUCUGUCGUGUUUCUGUGUGAACAUGUCCUGGCCAAGGUUCGGGCAUGGAAGGAUGAAGGACGGACUGAUACUGACAUGGGUUUGCCAGAGGGUGAGCUCGAAGAUGAUGAGGAAGAUGACGAUGAGGAUAAUGAGGAUGAAGAGGAGGUAGUGGCCUUGCUCCAAACUAUGGUUGAUGUGUGCCGUAAUGCUGUGGAGAAGAAAGACAUACAUGCCAGGCUGUCUGCACUCACCGUGGUUGAUGCAUUGGGUCUCAAGCUAGAGGAGAAAGCAAAAGCCAGGCUUUAUGCCCAGCGACGGCUGGAAUUCAGAUAACAAUCAUAGCAUGGCCAACCCAUCCAGGUAGUUUCUUCAGAGAGGGCGGGUGGAAACGGUUUCAUGCUGAGUUGGAAGGGUUAAGGUUCCUCGAAAAGUUUGCGAGCUUUCUUGGCGGAGGCUGGUGAAGCGAAUGCUUGUCCUUUCGACAGAUCCGGUGUCCAUCAACUGAGCUGUCUUUUUUCUUUUACACAAAAAACAAAACAGGCCCUUGUGG